UCAGGCACUCAAACCCCUCCACCUCGUCUGACAACCAUGGACCUUCAGAACCAGCUGCAGAACCAGUUUAAUGAUGUGGUCUCCCGGCUUCAGUCAAAACAGCUUUUCCAGUCUGACUGGGACAUUGCUUCUUUUGUUGUAUUCUUCAUUUUUAUUGGGAUGGUAAUGUUACUUGUGCUCCUGGUCCUCAUUCGUUGCUGCUGUUGCUGCUGCUGCGACACUAUGGAGAAGCCUCGCAGAACAAAGGUGGGCAUUGAUAAUUUAGCAAUGGAGCCAUAAAGACCACUUGGGGUGAUGUGAAGACCUCUGGUGAUUUCUGCUCUAAUCUGUAAGGGGAAAAAGGAAAUAAUGGAAUAGAUAAUUCUGCUAAUCAGUUUAAGAAAUCUUUAUAAUUCAAUGUUUUUGAGAGGAGUUUCCUGUUGUGUUUUGCAAUGUUGAACCUGUGCCAGAUGCGUGCUGAAAACUCAUGAGAUUUUGAAACACCCCAUUGUAGUCCUUAGUCACUGGAAAACAUUUCAUUUUCUUCUAAAGGAAAUGUUUUUUGCAAAACCAUUUUGUGUGAAGCUGUUACUGAGCUUUGGACAUGUACCACAUUCAGUGACAUGGGCAGACAUGCAGGCUGGUGACAAAAACCAGUGAGCACCAUGCAGGAAUAUGCUUACCAUUUCUGUUACUAAACUCCAACAUGUACUUGGCCUUUUUUCUUAAUUAAAAUCAAAUGUGUACCUGAUUCUGCACUUUUCCUCUU